AUGUCAUCUCCAAGCACCGACACGUUCGAUAUCGGCCGGGCCCAACUGCCGCCAGACACUGUCGCUAUCGUCACGGGAGCUGCCGAGGGACUAGGCAAAAGCUUCGCGGAGGGAUUGCUGGAAAAGGGUGCAAAGGGUGUGUGCAUUGCGGACGUGAACGAGCCACUGGGGUUGAAAACGGUUCGGGAAUUUUCGGAUCAGUUUGGUGGAGGUCGGGUCAUCUUCGUCAAGUGCGACGUCACGUCGGCUUCGGAGGUCGAAGCCGCGUUUGCAAAGACAAAGGAGAAAUACGGCGCCAUUAACUUGAUGGUAAACAACGCAGGAAUUGUCAACGAGAAAGACAUGGCACUGACAAUCAACGUAAAUGUUACCGGGGUUGCGUAUGGGACCUACACCGCCAUUAAGUACAUGAGCCCGGCAGAGGGCGGUAAAGGAGGCAAAAUCAUCAACAUCGCAUCCGUUGCAGGCUUGUUUCCCAACGAAAUCUUACAAAUCUACGUGGCUACGAAAUUUGCUGUUUUGGGCCUGACGAGAUCCCUUAUGGCCGAUCCACGUUUGAAGGAAAAAGGGAUAACUUUUAGUGCGUUGUGCCCAGGGUUUGUGGAAACUAGGAUCUACGACAAGUGGGUGCUGCGACAACAGGAGGAAGACGAGAAAUACUUGGAAAAGUACGAGGAAGAAUACGGCAUGAUGGAGAUCCCCGUGGUUCGUGAUGCCUUUCUGCGGCUGGUCCUUGAUGACUCCUGGUGCGGGAAAGUCAUGGCCGUCAUGAAGUUGGAAGGCAUAUUCGAUCCAUUAGCUCAGUAA